AUGUUAAAAUUUUUAGUUAUUACAAUCGUAUUUAAAGUAAUCAUAAUAGCAAAUGUAGCGUUGCCAUAUAAUAUUGAUAAUGAUUCCUUUAACCAAAAACGGAUUAAAAGAGUGGUUGGUGGUGCUCCAGGCAAAAUUGAAGAUUUUCCUUUUUUAGUUUCCAUUUCUGUUCAGGUUCCUAGAACUGUAAUCAGACUUCAUUUAUGUGGUGGCAGUAUUAUUACUCAGAAUGCAGUCUUAACGGCAGCUCAUUGUACAAACUACAGCAAGAAAAUUAUUCAAACUUUCAAGGUUCGCGCCGGAAGUUCUUAUUGGGCACGAGAUGGCAUUUUAGUGAAUGUUGAAAAAAUUAUUCAACAUUAUCAUUUUGAUAGUUUAACAUAUGAAAAUGAUAUCGCAAUUCUGAUCUUAUCAUCAAUAUUACCUUUUAGCAAAUAUAUUAGUCCCAUAUCGUUAGCAACGCAGCUCAGACCAUCUGGUACCUAUGGUUCUGUAAUGGGUUGGGGUUUAAAAAAUGAAAGGGGAAUAAGUCCUUCACAAAUUUUUAAUAUAGUCGAUAUACCGUUAAUUGAUUUAAAACAAUGUCAAAACAUAUAUUAUACAUCUAAUUUGGAAAAAGGUGUUAUUUGUGCUGGCUAUCUUAGUGGUGGUAAAGAUGCAUGUAAUAUGGAUUCCGGUGGUCCUCUAAUUGAAAAUGGUGAACUAAUUGGAAUUAUCUCACUUGGCGUAGGUUGUGCAAGACCGAAUCGGCCUGGCGUUUAUACAGAUAUUGUAUAUAAACACUUUUCUCAAAGAAAUUUACAAAAAAUAAAUGUUUCCAUAAUGCAACAAUGA